AACGGCAGGCGACCCACACGACUUCCAUCACACCACAUCAUGGUGGGACCGACCCUUUCGGCGCGCUCUUUGGAAAUUGAAGACCAUGCCAAGUUCUCACAACUGAGAUCGCAGCCAAUGCCUGCCAACGUCCGGUACCGGGCGGAGGGACCACGACAAAUAUGCAUGACCGGGUGUGAAUAGCUUCUACGACACAUGCCGGAGUUGACGUGUCUGGCGACACAGCAGUCGACGUUUGGUAGCGCGGUAAACAGACCACGCCGCCUAUCCUAAUCAUGUCCGCGGCACCGAAACAUAUCGUCGCCUUCCCAUACCAGGCCUGGGGUCAUGCGCGUCCUCUCAUCAACCUCACGGCGAAGUUGGUCAAGCUGCGCAACAUCAACGUGACCCUCCUCUCGACAAACGAGUUCUACGAUCGCGCGGUAUCCGAACUUGCGCGGAGCUUCGUGCCAGGCGAGGAAGAGUUCGCAAAAAGAAUCAGGAUCGUGUCGCUCGGCCAUUCGCAGACUUUCGCUUUCAACGGUAUCGAUGACAGUUUCGAGGCGGCGUGGGAGAAGAUCGCCGCCGGGGAGGCACUUGUUUGUGUAAAGAGCGCGGCGCGGUUCGAGCCCCUCCCGCUUCCCGACGCGGUCGUUAUCGAUUUCUUCGCCGUCCAGCCCAUCCGUGCUAUCAAGAAGAUCAGCGGGAAGUCCGUGAAGAUCUACUCUUGGAUCCCCGGCUCGACCUACGCGGUCUUCUACCUCUUCGGCCCCGACAAGCUCGGUGGAAGGGGCGACAUCAUCACCAAAGUGGAGGCGGAAGUCAAGCGGUCGGGCCGCCCAUUCGAAGAAGUAGCUGGGGAGCUUGCCUUCAUACCCAAGGGCGAGGUCGUCAAGGUUCCUGCGCUGCCGCCCAUGUACGAUUACGAGUACUACCCACAAGACUUCCCUAUCCCGAUGGAACUAGCCAUCGCUAUCUUCCCUUACGUCUUCCAAACGAUGGAGUCCUGCGAUGGGGCACUCCUCAUCACUGCGGAGCCGUACGAGGCAGAGGCCGUCGCUGCAGUGAAGAACUGGUACGCGGAGACCGGGCGCCCGGCCUACGUGUGUGGACCCCUCUUGCCCCCGACCUCGGCCACGGCGACAGCCAAGGAGAAACAGCAGUCGACGGAGGCGGUUCAGAUUCAGGAGUUCUUGGAUACCACACUAAAGACCUCGGGCGAGAAGUCUCUGCUAUACAUCUCUUUCGGCUCCCUUUUCUGGCCGGUGAAGACGCCAGAGCAGAUCUGGGCGUUCCUGGACGUCGUAAUGGAGCGUGGCAUUCCCUUUAUCCUCAGUCAUGCGUCACCGACGGCAGUUGUGCCAGACGAGAUUAAGGAGAAAGUGAAGGCCUACGGAAAGGGCCUGUUGUCUCCGUGGUCCCCUCAACAGACCAUUCUCGAGCACCCCGCCACGGGCUGGUUCCUUGCUCACGGUGGUCACAAUGGCGUAACGGAGGCAGUGUGCGCAGGAGUGCCCUUCAUCCUCUGGCCGUUCGGUGGCGACCAGCCGAUGAACGCCGUCCACAUCUCCGAGCAGCUCAAGGUCGGAUACGAGCUUAUCGAGGUGCGCACGGGGCCUGCGGGUCUUCACCAGAUCUACCGCAACGGCCGCACCCCGAAGGGAACCAUCGAGGCGCUCAAGGAGGAGGCGCGCGAUGUGCUCACCAAGGCGUAUGGUCCGGACGGCGCGGAGAAGCGCGAACGCCUCGUCGCGCUCACGCGCGCUGUCAAUCAUGAGUGGGAGGAGGGCGGAUCUGCGCUGCGGGACGUGAAGGCGUUCCUUGAGAAUCUCUAAGGCCGCUUACUGCACAUUGCUUUAGACUGGUAGAGAAGUUUGUUUGUGAUUUGUAUACCUAGAUUGGAGUAGACUUGUGCAAUAAUAUCGGUUAGACCGG